AUGACCGGCGCGACAGCCUCGGGCGCGCACCCGACCACGGGGGUCAAGAUCUUCUCGGCUGGAGCGGCCGCCUGCUUGGCGGACGUGGUCACCUUCCCGCUGGACACGGCCAAAGUCCGGCUACAGAUCCAAGGCGAAUGCCGGACCUCCAGUGCUGUUAAGUAUAAAGGUGUCCUGGGCACAAUCACCACACUGGCCAAAACCGAAGGGCCAGUGAAACUCUACAGCGGGCUGCCCGCCGGCCUCCAGAGGCAGAUGAGCUUCGCCUCGCUUAGGAUCGGCCUCUAUGACACGGCCCAGGAGUUCUUCAGCGCAGGCAGCGAAGAAAUAUCACCGACUUUAGGAAGCAAGAUCUUGGCUGGCUUAACUACUGGAGGAGUGGCGGUAUUCAUCGGUCAACCCACAGAGGUUGUGAAAGUCAGACUUCAAGCGCAGAGCCAUUUACAUGGUCCCCAACCUCGCUACACCGGGACUUACAAUGCCUACAGAAUUAUAGCAACAACAGAAGGCUUGACUGGACUUUGGAAGGGGACUACUCCCAAUCUGAUGAGAAAUGUCAUUAUUAAUUGUACAGAGCUAGUGACAUAUGAUGUAAUGAAAGGGGUCUUUGUGAACAACAAACUACUAGCAGAUGACCUACCCUGCCACUUUGUGUCAGCUCUUAUUGCUGGAUUUUGCACAACACUUCUGUCUUCUCCAGUGGAUGUGGUGAAAACCAGAUUUGUUAAUUCUUCACCGGGACAGUAUACAAGUGUACCCAACUGUGCGAUGGCCAUGUUCACUAAGGAAGGGCCGACAGCUUUUUUCAAAGGAUUUGUACCUUCCUUCUUGCGACUCGCAUCCUGGAAUGUCGUAAUGUUUGUGUGCUUUGAACAUCUGAAACGAGACUUGAUGAAAUCAAGGCAGACCGUGGACUGCGCCACAUAA